AUGAGAUCGCCAUUAGUCACUGGCUGUAAGGACGGGUCAUGUGCCGUGCUGCUGGACCGGCGCGAGACGCUGGGGCCGGCGCGGCAGGCGGUGCCCGCGGGUGUGGGCGACGCCUUCUGGGUGGCGCGCGGCCGCCGCCGGGAGAUGUCCGCCUCCUCCGCCUCCGCCGAGGGGCCCUUCUGGGCGGCGAGGGGCCGCCGCGAGAUGGAGUUCUUCUGGCCCACCAGGGGAAAGCGCGACCAGGAAGAGGUAAUGGUUGGAGGGUCGGGCGAGGAGGAAGACGCCGGCCUGGCGGGCGAGUGGGCGGCGAGUCGCGACCGGCGCGCGGGUCUGCGCAGCUACCUGGCCUCGAUGUCCGGCGGGCAGUCCUUCGUGCCCGCCAGGGGCAAGCGCGCCAGCCCGCACGCCGGAGUGAGUAAGCGUGAACCAGGUGAGCUGGAGCUCGCAAGCCGCGGAGCGUCGCUGGGCUCCGAGUCUGUGGAGGGGCCAUUCUGGGCGCCGAGGGGCCGGCGCGGGCAGGCGGCGCGGCUG